AUGACGUUUCCAGUGGGUGUAUCCCAACGGAAACCCCCUUCCAGAUGGAGCCACUGCAGCUUUGAGCACUCAGGAAGAGGAGGAACGCUGCAGAGGCUGUGCGGCAUGGGGAACGCGCAGGAGAAACCCCCAGCCGCCGAGCGAGGGGGCGUAUCCGGACUGGACCGGACCAAAGGGGUGCCAAACGGAAACGCCGAUGUGAUCCCUGAGUCACGCCGCCCCUCACCGGACCAGAGUUAUCUGGAUGCCCCGGCUGGUGGUCUCCCGCCCCACCUGGCCCGCAUGAAGAACGAAGGCAACCACCUCUUCAAGCACGGACAGUUUGGGGAUGCGUUGGACAAGUACAGCCAGGCCAUUGACGGCUGCACUCAAGCGGGUAUCGGCGACCCCGAGGACUUGAGCAUUCUCUACUCCAACCGCGCUGCUUGCUUCCUAAAGGUCGGCAAUAGUUCCGACUGCAUUGAAGACUGCACCAAGGCUCUGGAGCUGCAGCCGUUCUACCUGAAGGCGUUGCUGCGCAGAGCGGCGGCCUACGAGUCACUCGAGCGAUAUCGCAAGGCCUACGUGGAUUACAAAACCGUCCUGCAAAUUGACGCCGGUGUACAAGCGGCCCACGAUAGCGUACACAGGAUCACGAGAUUGCUAAUCGAGCAAGACGGGCCCCAGUGGCGUCAAAAGCUUCCAGAAAUUCCCACUGUGCCGCUAUCUGCUCAGCAGGAACAUCACCAGAAACCCGCCAGCAUCCGGCAAGCCCAAGAACGGGCGGCCCGGGCGUCACGCGACCAAGCCAGGCGGAACGAGUCCCGCUUCAAUGCCUUAAAACUCGAAGGCAACGAGCUGGUGAAAAAGUGUCACUUUGAAGACGCUCUGCACAAAUACGACCAAUGCCUCGCCUUAAAACCGGACGAAUGUGCUCUCUACACUAACAGGGCUGUCUGCUUACUGAAGCUGAACCGCUUCGAGGAGGCCAAGCGGGACUGCGACUCAGCUCUCCGCCUGGAGCCCGACAACAAGAAAGCCUUCUACAGACGGGCGCUAGCACACAAGGGUCUGCAGGACUACCUGUCGGCUAGCGGCGACCUACAAGAGGUCCUUCAAUUAGACCCCAACGUCAGGGAGGCUGAGAAGGAGCUACUAGAGGUGACCGCACUUCUGAGACGAAGCCUCAUGGACGACACGGCGCACACGUAG